CAAAGUGGGAGGGUUAAAGGCAUAGUGGGAGAUUUUGAGAUUUUAGUGACAAUCAACGAGCGAAGCGAGUCGCCGAAACAGCUGGGGUCCGGGGGGGGGCGCUUCCCGGUGGGGUCCAACGCAUUUUUUCAAUGUCCUAAAACACGUAAACCGGCUCUACCUUGGACUUCAGAAAAGCUUUGUUUAUUGGCAGAAAAUAAAAAAUUAUUACUUCAAAAAAGGGGUGGGCACCUGACACCUGGGCACCCGCCUGACAUAGGAUGUUUUGAAGUAAAAUAUACCCGACUCUCGGCAGUCGUCCUAAUUUGGGGUGGAACAAAGAGUGCGCAAGAGAGUCACGAGUUCCAGGAAUUUGACGGAAGAUGGCGGAAAUUGAAACAAGAAAAGUAACAAAACAACAAAUGUAGAGCAGAGCAGAAGCGCAAAAUCUUCUUUUAAGCUUCUAAAAAGGCGGUUGAUUGCAACGUAUGUUAAUCAUGUUUAAUCUGUGUGAGAAGUUUGAUUUCUUGAAAGAUGUUGUCGAUGAGAUUAAAAAGCUUAUGAUCGAUUGGUUUAAAGUGGAGAGCAAACGCAACGGGAUUGAAACACCCUCCGCCGUUAUUGAAUCUUACGACUAUCAGCCACGUCUGAUCGGACAAGAACGAAAUGGCAUUAUGAUUAUCAAAUGGAAUUGUGAGGAAUGUCUGUUUGGAAAAACAUUCGUUGCUUUGUUCGACCACAACAGCCGCAAGGCCAAGCUGAUUUUUACACAAGAAAAGGUAAUCCAAAUCGCCAACGCUAGUGUGAACAGCGAUCAAACUGUUCUUGCAUUUACGGUUGUCGAGAAACCAAACACAGAUGGUUAUGUAAGCCCGUCGGACAGCGGUGAUGUUUUCAAGUCAUACAUAGCUGAAAUAGCGCCUCAGAACCGCGUUUUUUCUCUUAACAUCGAAUGGAAAACGUAUCAAAAAGUUCAGUUUUUACACGAGCACUCACAGGCUAACCAUAAAAUCUCGCAUCUCUUGUUUUUCCACCAUAAAGAGUCGAUUGGUUUGUACCACGUGCCGGUUGUGUUGUAUGAUAAAGGCUAUGUUAUGAACAUGCAACCAUCCACGCAACAAAUUAUUGGCCAUUUUCUUUGGUGUCAUUUCGACGUUGUUGCGCAGCGGCUGUUCUUCGUGAAGUUAUACCCGAUAGACGAGGAAGAAAUUGAUGCGAAAGCCCUGCUUACAGUUGUUGAGUUCAAACCUAACGGCGACUUCGAGUAUGUGUUAAAUUUCCCGCUGCCGAUUCCGUUCAAGAUGGCUGCUAUGCAACAGCAAAGUGUAUAUUACGAAAACUAUUUUUCAUCUAUCGUAAGCUCAAAACACUUCAAUAUGGAAGUCAUCACUGUCAACCCAGGAUCGUUUUACGUUUGUUACCAGCAUGCAACUGAAGAAAAAGCUGGAGAAAAUUACAGCACUGAAGAUGACGAUUGUUCAGUUUCUUCUUCGAGGGAGCAAUCCUCUUCCAGUCUAGCUUCGGACAGCAGCGGGUAUAUUAACUAUACUGUAUGUUGUGUGCACGGCGGCUACAAGUUACAAUGCUCGACUGUUGUAUCAAGUCAAAUUCAUGAUAUCCAACCACGUGUUUUGUUUGCACCACUCAACGAUUACAUAGCCGCCUAUUUACCUGGAUGUUUUCUCCAUUUAUUGGACAUUAGUUGCGAACACGAACCUGUACAUAGUAUACUGCUUAGAGAUGACAUCCAUAUUUUACCAACUAUAGAGGGCUGGGAACGAGACAAAACUCCUUUGUUCUCUUACAUUAUGGAAGAAUCGUUGCCAUCGCAACAACACCCGCUCUUGUUUGAAAAUGAAACUCAAAAGGCAUACAAAUUAGAGAUUGACAUAAAAGCCAUGUUCAAGAUCUUCCUGUAUUCAAAAGCCAGUACCAGAGUAGCUAUCUUCCAUUCCAGCAUGCUUCAUGUAAAAGACAAGAGGCUGUCAAGAAGUAUCAUUGAGAGGUUUUCUUUGGAUCCCGCCAAUUUCGAAACAUCAGAUUUGAUUAAGGAAUACUUGAUAGCGACAUCUUAUAUAUACAUGAAAAAAAGUGUGGCCACGGCUUUAGAUUUGAAGGUUUUUCCUUUUACUUUUUAUGAAACGUACCGUGGUCAGGUGGAGCGCAACGAGCAUGGCGAGCGGCUUGUACAUCUGUUUUAUAAGAAUUUCUCAACAGAUUUGAUUCGCCAGUUACGAAAAGUCCUUCAUAACAACGCGAAUUCGUUUUGGAGUAACGUGUAUCAAUAUUUAUGUUACGAAGUUGAGCACCGCAACAAGAGAUUUCCUCUAAAGCUUCUGUAUUUGGCUAGUUUAAGUACCGAGACGUUUGCUGCAGAGGUACGCAAAAGCAUGACUUCUAGCGAAACAGGUGCUAUAAAACCUGAAAGCACGAACUCCCUUCCAGAGUUACGUGUUGAGCAAUUGGAAACGAAGAGUAAUCUUCAUAAAAAUUCUGUAACAAUGGAAAAAUUUGUUGCGUACAUAGUGAAGAUAUUUGGAAAAGAAACAAAAUCGAAAGCCAUUAAAAUGUGUCAGGAAUAUGCUUCUGUUCGUUGCAAGGUCGUUAACACUCUCUGGAGGAUCGUUUUAAAAUCUUUAAAUUUCGAAUCCGAAGAUGCCAUAUAUAGCAAGAGCUUAAAUGAACCGGCAGACGAAUUCGAGUUAGCAUUAUUUCAAAUCACAGAACGCUUUAAAGUUAUUUUUGAUGAACUCAGUCAUCCAAGCUUUCCCAGGUUAAAUGAUCUGCUAUGUUUUCUGGGUUUUCGUUCGCUGACGAGACAUCAGUUCCAGGAAUAUCUCGAUGCUCAUGUGUUUGUUAUUGACUGUAAUUUUGUAUCUCAAGUCGUCGUCGAAAUUCCUGACAUUCCUGUGAACGUCGCCGUCAAACAAAAACUCAUCGCUUGUCUAUCCAAAGAGGACGCUAACGUCGUUUUAAAAUACUGGGGACAUCCGACGGCUAGUCGUUAUUUAGCACAGCACAUCAUGUUAAAGUUACCCAGUGAAGCGAUGCAUUAUAAUUUAAAUAUGUCAGAAGAGCAAAGCGAGAUAUCGGAAGCUUUUGUUCCUUUAAGAACUUUACUCCAAGCUAUAAAGAUAUCAGGCCAAAGAACAAGCAUUUUGCAAAGUCGAAACGUAAACGCAUUUUCGGACGUCAAUCUUCAAUUUCUUGCUAACACGGUAUUGGAUAAGACUGAAUCACUCAUUUCACCAGAUACAAGAUAAGAAUAUGUUAACAUUUUACUGGUUGAAUUUUUAAAUUUAUGAAAAAUAGAAUUUUAAAGUGACGUAUUGCAGAUCCCGGUUUGUGAAUUCUAAUUUUUGGUUCCAGAUAGUUUAACGAUCGCUAAAAUAAAAAUAAAACGCAACUUUGGAUGAUAUAUAUAGAUUGACACUUCUUUUCAACAACCUAUCCUAGAACUGAAAAUUAGCUUUUUUUCGUGCACGAGAAUUGUAUGUUAUCCUAGAUUAGGUAUAUAUGCAUUUUGAGUAUCA